AUGCAGCACAAAGCUCGCAGGCUCGAGCUGCGCCGCGGCUACGCGACCGACGCCCGCUCCCCGGCCUCCACCACACCCAAACCUCCCUCAGACCCAGCGCCCUCGGACACAACCCCCCCAGACACACCCUCAGACCCGCCUCCCACCCCCUCCCCGCACCUCCCCCACCUCACCCCCACCGGCUCCGCCCACAUGGUCCACAUAACCCACAAACCCAGCACCUCGCGCCGCGCCAUCGCCGUCGGCACCGUGUACUUCUCGAACCCAACCCCCUUAUCACUAAUCCGCGCCAACGCGCUGAAAAAGGGCGACGUGCUGGGCGUGUCGCGCAUCGCGGGCAUCAUGGCCGCGAAGAAGUGUCCCGAGAUCGUGCCGCUGUGCCAUCCCAUUGCGCUGAGCGGGGUCGGGGUGGAGCUGCGGACCAAGUCCCCAGAUGAUAUGGCCCACGGCGGCGUGCAAGUCGAGUGCGAGGUCGCGUGCGCCGGCGCCACGGGCGUUGAGAUGGAGGCCCUUACUGCGGUUAUGGGCGCUGCGCUGAGUGUGGUGGAUAUGUGUAAGGCGGUCGAUCGGUUCCAGCGGAUUGGCGAUGUGCGCGUGGUGAGGAAGGAGGGCGGGAAGAGCGGGGUGUGGGCUGAGGAGGGGUGGCGGUCGUGGAGGGUGUGA